CUUUGUUAGCUGCAACAACAUGGAGUCGACUAGUGAAAGAGAAGAGCCGGUUUCCGGGGAGCUCGUGUCAGUGGCACAUGCUCUUUCUCUCCCAGCGGAGUCUUAUGGCAACGAUCCUGAUAUAGAGAUGGCGUGGGCCAUGAGAGCAAUGCAGCAUGCUGAAGUCUACUACAAGCUGAUUUCAUCAGUUGACCCACAGUACCUGAAACUCACCAAAGUGGAUGACCAAAUCUAUUCUGAAUUUCGGAAAAAUUUUGAGAAACUCAGGAUAGAUGUAUUGGACCCAGAAGAACUCAAAUCAGUAUCAGCUAAAGAGAAGUGGAGGCCAUUCUGUUUGAAGUUUGAUGGGGUUAUAGAAGAUUUCAACUAUGGUACUUUGCUGCGACUGGAUUGUUCUCAAGGCUACACUGAGGAAAACACCAUCUUUGCCCCCAGGAUACAAUUUUUUGCCAUUGAAAUUGCUCGGAACCGGGAAGGCCAUAACAAAGCAGUUUACAACAGUGUUCAGAACGAAGAGGGAGAGAAAGGAGCCAACAGAGGAGCAAAGGAGAACAACAAAGGAGGAGAAAAAGAAAAAGAAGCCAAUGAAGGAAUCAACAAAAGUGGUGAAACAUCUAUGUAAGGUAGAAAGAGAAUAUCACUCUAGAAACAAUAACUCAACUGAGCCUACAAAGUUACUUACACAGUAUCCCUGUGGUUAAAUGUAUGUCCUUGUUCAACUGAAGGACAUGCAGAAAGACAUUUUUUUGUAGCCUAAUAAUCAGGAGCUGCUUUGGUUGUUCUCUUGUAAGAACUGGUUUAAAGACUAUGAGUGGAGUCAUAGUUGACUGUUUCUUGGUAUAUUUUUUCUUGGUUUUCUUCACUGA